AUGACAGCUACUCAGAAACACAAUCUCUUCACGCCAGAACCUCACUAUAUCCCUGGCUAUGCUGGCUUCUACCCUCAGCUGCGCUACCAGGUGGGGAACACCUAUGGGCGCACCACAGCGCAGCUGCUCACAGACCCCAGCGUGCGCAAGAGCCCCUGCUCCGUGCUGUCCCCCACAUCCAAGUCCAAGUUCAUCGAGGACUUCAGCAAGUCCAAGCCACCUUGGAUCCCCUGCCGCGACCUGAUUGAGCCCCACAUCCCCCACUACACUGGUCUGAAGCCCUACAAGAACUUUGAGAUCCUGGGUCGAUUCCCACCCCAGGAGGCGGACACCCAGGGGCCACCUGGGGUACAGAACGCAUCCGCGCAGGUCCAGCUGCCUGCAGGCUUCAUGCCCUAUCCCUGCUACCUUCCACGCUCACCAGGCAGGAAGGGGGACUCCAGGGACUUUGGACACCCGGGCCUGCGGCUGGCCUAUGGGGAAGAGGGCUGGAAGAGCACCAUCCCUGACCACGAAGCCCCUGGGUGGCACCAGCUGUACCACUACAGGAGGGACGAGUGCCCGCCCCCAGCCCGCCAGCAGGAGACACUAGAUGUGGGCAGGUUCCACAGGCUGCCCCAGCUGGAUCACCCCAAACUGAUCCAACGCAAGGCCAUCUCAGGCUAUGCUGGCUUUGUCCCCCGGUUUGCCUGGGUGUUGGGGAUGAAUUACCGCAAUGGGGUCACACAGGCUAUGGACGAGUUUGACAAGAACCAGUUCCUGUUCAGAAAUCCCAUCUGUGCCCUGGGUGAGCGGUUGCCCAGGACACACUGGCCCAGCAACACCAUCUACAGCAGCCAAGGCCUCAUACCUUUCUACAUGGGCUUCAUACCAUCCAUGCAGAACAACUUUGCGCUGACGUUUGGGAACAGUACCCGUAAGGCCUAUCAGAAGGAAAUGAAGAGGCGAAAACAGACACUAUGAAAAC